GCAGUUCAUUCUUUCAGUCCCAUACAGCCAUUCAACCGAUCUUGGUCUUCAGCCUUCUUGUACUUUUUACAAAUCUUUGCUACUGUUCAGAAAAAUAUAAAGAAGGUUUUUGCUAAAGCCAUUUUUUAAUCUCGAAAUCUGUGCAGGGCACUAAAAAAUCUAUGUCUACCGGUAUCCAGAAUUUGAAUACUUUUGAUCCGUUUGCUGAUGCAAUCCGGGCGGAUGAGCAAGGUGGUCAGGAUAAACUAAUCCACGUUCGAAUCCAACAGCGUAACGGUCGUAAAACACUGACUACAGUUCAAGGGAUAUCGGAUGAUUACGACAAAAAGAAGAUUGUAAAAGCGUGCAAAAAGGAAUUUGCUUGCAAUGGUACCGUUGUGGAGCACUCCGAAUACGGCGAAGUGAUCCAGCUUCAAGGUGACCAGCGCAACAACAUCUGUCAGUUUCUGACAAAGGUUGGCAUUGCCAAGCCUGAACAGCUUAAAAUCCAUGGUUUCUAAAUCGCCUUAGAGUUUUUUAAAAACAAGAUACCAGCUAUGUGGAGUACAUUCCAGAUUAGGCUAAUUUGUAAUAUUUUGUCUGAAAAUCAUUUUGCUUUUUUCUUAAAUUUAUAUAUUUCGGAAGGUUGGAAUAAACUUGAAACUUAACAAAACGAACAAAUAGUGAUGUUUAGCAGUAAAACACCCCUUUUUUGCAUGAAUACAUGUCAGUUAUCCACAUAAUGAUAAAUUUUAAUAAAGUUUGAUUUUGUGUA